CCUAAACAAUAAGCGGCGGAACCACGACGAUUGAGCAAAAGUUCGAUCGAGUACAAGCACCAUCGACCUAACAUAGACCCGGACCACACGCGCAGUACCAGCCAGUGAACGAGCAUUGUUGUGACUCUGUAACUGCCCUAGCCUUGGAUCUUUUUUCAUUCGAUUGCACUACCCUUUUUUACAUUUUUCUUCUUUUUUUUUUUUGAGUCACCGAGUCAAACUCCGCUCUUAAUUAAAAGUGAUUACUCUGGUUAUACACUGGAUACAGAUACCUUACCUGCGUCUUCCACCAGCUCACCAGCCACUCUACAACCCACGUCUUUCUCUCUUGGGAAAGUUACGCCUUCUUCAUCACGGAAAUGCAUCCAAAGGAUGAGCUAGAAUCUGCUCCAUCCAUAUUAGAACUCUUCCUGUCAGCCAAAAAAUUACUUAGCUUACAACCCAGAGUCGAAAACAGACAACUUCGUAAGGAAAACAUCAAGACUCAACGUUCUCACAGCGACAUGAACGGCAUGGACAACUUUGACUUGUUGUCGCCGGUGUCGAUAGAUGACUUGACAUCAUAUAAGCCCAGUGCUAUCCAAGCCGCUAUAGCUUCGAAAAAGAAUGGUGGCAAGAGCUUGAUGGGUUCAUAUGUGACUCCAUCAAGUAUAAAUGACGACUCGCCUCCUGGAAGUGGAUCUUCCACCAAUAGUCGCAACAAUUCUGACACUCCAAACACUACGAUAUCUUGGGGGUCCCUUAGCCAUAUGAACCCAACCACCACGACUAGUAUGGUGAACCAUGACCAACCAAUGGACUACGAGACCAACAAUAUCGCCGCCGCAAAUACGGCGGCCAACUCUACUUCUACCUCUACUUCAACCUCCACUUUGAAUUCUAACUCAACGUUUAAUGAAUCUCACAAUGUGAGAAUAAAAAAUGAACCAACAACUACUAUAUCACCAAUUCAAAUUCAUUCUGAGAAUAAGGUGAAGACAACGGUUACAGCCAAGUCGAACUUGACUAGUUCAAUUCAUCAACAAGAACAACAAAGGCUCAAUGGAUUUGAGCAAAACAUUGGUUCUAGACCAUUACUGGUGCCUCCAUCAAUAUCAACCCCAACCCCAACGCCACCAUCCACAUCCGGCUCAGUGGCUUCCUCCUCUUCUCCGACCGAAUGUUCCAACUGUCACACCCUCAAGACUCCCUUGUGGAGGAAAGAUCCAGUGGGGAACACCUUGUGUAAUGCUUGUGGACUCUUCCAAAAAUUACAUGGUACUACAAGACCACUCAGUUUGAAAACAGAUGUUAUCAAGAAAAGAAACUCGAGAAGAUUACCAAAUAGUACCAAACUAUCUUCAUCGGUGGGGACUUCCACUCCAAGUGCAAACAUUUCAAGAAACAAUUCAAUCCAUGAUUUGGCAGUUUCGUACAAUGGUAGACCAAGUCAACCAAGUUACUCUGGAGGAAUCCCCAUCAAUAGUGGUGGCGGGAACAGCUUUACAAAUAAUCACAACAAUAACAUAGCCAUUGGUUCCAAUACCCCAACUUCGUCAUAUACCAACAACGCCAGUUUCUUACUGAAUUCUGGAGGCAUUUCCAUCAACAACUCUGGAUCUCGAUAUAAGAAUGUCUUGAUUCUUCCAAAGCCACCAGGGGGAGGAGGUGGUGGCAAUACAGUUGCACCUUCAAGAAUGAAUUCAAUUCCAAUACCAAACGGGAAUCAUAUACAAGAUGGACCACUUUCCGUGUCUCCAUUCACCAGCAAUGCAGGAACUCCUACACCGAUAUCUGGAUCAAUGGAAACAUCUCAACUGUUCAAGAGGAAAAAGGGGGAAAUGAUGGAGAAUGAAGGAGGAGUUCCAAUUUCGAACAGUCAAAGAAAUUCAUCACAAGUAUCUCUUUCUGGACAAUGGGGAGGGAAAAGAGGAUCUCUUUCAUCAUCAUUCCAAUCUUCAUCUUUGAAUAGAAGAACAUCUGUUACAAAUCUUUCCUCAUUCCAAAGAAAGAAUUCUAUUCUAGGAGUCAAUAACAUGGGAACCCCACCAACCAAUGCCUUAACUCCUACAAACAUUGGGUUAUUGAACCAAAGAUUUGCAGCGCAAACUGGGAGCUAUUUUGAUUCUAAGGGAAAUGGAUUUGCCUAUGCAAAUACUCCUGGAUCAGAAUUUGGUAACUUGACAUCUAAUGGAGAUGAAAUAUAUUCACUUCCCGAUAGUAGUAAUGAAGUUAAGGGAGAAGAUAUUGACACUGAAGAUUUUUUCAAGAAUUAUACUUCUUUACAAAAUGAAGAUAAUGAAGGAACAAAUGGAGGAUUUGUUGCACCUGCAACCAAAUUCGAAAUCCCUGUAAGUAACACUCAACCUGUUUCUUCGUUGACCACUUUAAUGGGUGGGAAGAACCAAGACCAAGGUCAGGAUAGAGAAGAUAUGAAGGAUUUGGACUGGUUAAAGUUUGAAAUUUGAGUAAACUAAACGAAAAUUAUAUAGGUGAUAUAGUAAUAUGGCGAGUGAUUAAUGCAUGAUGAACAGAUUA